CUCGGUGACCCAGCGGCCAUGCCCUGCGCCCUGGAGAGGAGCGGGAGCGCGGGCCAGCGGGGUGGGACGGCCCGGCCGUCCCGGCGGCGCAGAUUGGCUGGGGGUUGGACAGCCCCGGCGUGCUGGCGGGACUGCGCCCCCGGGGGACGGCGCGGCGCUCUGGGAAGCCAGGGAGCCCCACCGUUCCCGCUCUAGCACGUACUCUUCCUCCCACCCCCAGUCCCCGAGGAGGGGAACUGGCAUGGCUAUAAUGCAGAGAGAAUCAUUUUUAUUUCUGCCACUUGGGAUUUUUGCAGCCCUUGGAAGAGACCUUUGGUGUCAGAAGAGUGACUGCCAGAACUGAAACCCCUGGUUUCCAAUUCUCUGGUCUCCUGCUCUUUCCAUGAUGGCUAUUUGACUGGAGGAAUUUAAACUUCAGUUCCCUGCAAGCUCUGCAGAAUCCUUGAGGCUAUCAUUUGCAAACCACUGAAUGCAGUAACUGUGUGUGGGAAGCCUGCAUACAUCGUCUGUGUGGAUUACAGAUGGUUCUGCAGACUCAGCAAAGCAUUUGGAUCCAUGGACAGCUUGAAUGGAAUUAGAAUCAUGUAUCAGCCUGCACCAGGGAAAUAAUUCCCACUGGAUGGAAACUUCUCACAGGGAGACCAGACCUGAAAGCUGGCUUCUGCUGCUUUUACAGCAAAUCACAAGAUCAUAGAUUGUAAAACUGGAAGGGAUCCAAGAGACCACCUAGUCCUCCCCUUUCAUUUUAUGAAGAGGAAACUAAAGCAUAGAAAAGUGAAAUAAUGACCAAGAUCACAUAGCCUAAGUACAAUGCUCUUUCUACUGUGCUAUAUUAUCUGUUCUAGAAACCACCUCAAUAAAGCCACAUAUUGUUCGGCAGAUCAAAGAAACUGGCAUUAUUUAGGGUCAUGCUCAUGGUCUGCCCAGCUCCCAGUGUGAACACGAGACCUUGAUUUGCUAUCACCAGCAGCUUUUGAAUGAGUUGUCCUGUGAUGCCUUAUGUCAAAAGUAGUAUCACAGAUGGAACCAAAACAUUUAUAAAGGGGUUUUUCCAGCACAGCCCCUCCAAGGCAUGAAACCGGAGAAACCUGCACCAUUCACCUCAUUAUCGGAUUAGCAGCAUCAAAAAAUAUGUAUUAAACACUUUUGUCCACUCCUGCACCUGAUAGCUCAUCAGAUGGGAAUGGAUGACUUUAAGCCCGUAGGCGGUUGUUUUGCUGUGAAACAAAGGACGCCAAAGCAAAACUUGGGUUGGUUGAAUCCAUGGAUGCAGAACCUAUGGAUACGGAGGGCCAACUGUAUGAGCUUUGGGGCAUAACAGCUUCUUCGGGUCUUCAUUUUCAUUUGUGGAGCUACCAGAGUGGAGAGCUGAAGUGCAAGCCUGCGAGAGCUGUAGUGUGGCCUGAGACCAGGAAAGCUAUAGGAGCAGAGCUGCCCAAGGACUUAGGGACCCAGCCCCUGAACCAGCAUGCAGAGGACAUGGAACAUGAUGUCGAGCUGGCCAUUGUAGGGAUCUGAAUCCUUGACCUUGGUGUUACCAACACCCUGCUCUAACCAACUGAGCUAACCAGCCAGACCCCUGAAUGCAUCUGAAAACCUUGAUUGGCAUACCACAAUUAGUCUUCAACUGUGUUCUGUCUUGAAUUUUUACUUGUUUCACACAUACUUUUCUUCUCUUUCCAGUGGAUUAUAAAUCUGUUAGAGGCAGGGUCCAUUUCUUAUACUUGACUAUCCCCUAGAACUGAGCAUCCUGCUGAGGGGAAACUAAUGUUGAUUGGUCUGAGUAAGGAGGCUGGGGCAGCUUGCUUCUGUAAAACAGCUCUGAAAACACGGCUACCAGCCAGGAGGGGAGAAGCCACCAGCUUGCCCUUCUCCCAGGCGGUUGCCAUUUCACACUCUGAGCUCAUGUUCGCAUCAAAAAAGCAUUUUCUGAUUUCUCUUUUGGAGCAAUCAUUCCUUUGCAAGUUAUUUUUGGAAAUGUCUUCUGUCCCUACCUGUCUGAAAGCUACUUGCGUGCAGGAUCUACUGUUGAAGCAUUUUUGUAUAUCUCCUCCCACCCUCCCAAAGUACCUGGCACGGGGCUUAGUGGGUGGAGGAAAGGCCCAAGCAAGUGCCCGAAUAACCCUAACUCCUGCCUGCCUCGUCGCAGAAAGUGGGGUGCAUCCAUUCAGCCCGGGUGGGACAGCGCGGCCUCACCUAUAAACCUCGCUGCUUUGGCCUCGGCUGAAGCCGGAGCACGAGGGCUCUAAACCCCGCUGGCCGCUGGCUGCACACACUCGGGCUCAUCACUGCCCCAAGGCUGCUCGCUAGGCGGACACUCAACGGGUUGGGAAAGUCAUAGUUAAAAGCAGCGAGUUCUAACCCCUCUCCAUAAAGAAGCACGGAUUCCACAGAGCAGAAGUAGUUACUGGACACCGAUGGCACAGUUGAUGGGCCACAAGGCCCAGCUUUCAACGCAGAGGCUUCUCAAUCCUCCCUCCAUGAUCUCGGCAUAGGGCAUAGUACCCCCUUUGCACGGAGGACGCGAUGGCUCCCAGGAAACGCCCAGAAACUCGGAAGACCCUCGAGGUUGUGCUUCGCUCCAGGAACAAGAGGAGCCGAAGUCCCCGGGAACUGGAGCCCGAGGCCAAGAAGCUCUGUGUGAAGGGCUCCGGUUCUAGCAGAAAAUCUGACUCAAACUGCCUUUGGGAGGGGUUGGCUAGCCGGCGGGUCCCGCCAUCAUGCUGCAGCAUCAUCAGAGCCCUCCACCAGCAUAAGUUGGGCAAAGGUGCAUGGCCAUCUCUACAGCAGGGUCUCCAGCAGUCCUUUGUGCACUCUCUGGAGACUUACCGGAUAUUCCAAAAGGCCGCGCCCUUUGACAGGAGGGCUACGUCCUUGGCAUGGCACCCGACUCACCCCACUACCCUGGCUGUGGGUUCCAAAGGGGGAGAUAUCUUGCUCUGGAACUUUGGCAUAAAGGACAAACCCACCUUCAUUAAAGGGAUUGGAGCUGGAGGGAGCAUCACUGGGAUGAAGUUUAACCCUCUUAAUACCGACCAGUUUUUCGCCUCCUCAAUGGAGGGAACGACUAGGCUGCAGGACUUUAAAGGCAACACUCUCCGAGUUUUUACCACCUCGGACACCUGCAACAUCUGGUUUUGCAGCCUGGAUGUUUCCGACAAAAGCCGAGUGGUGGUCACAGGCGACAAUGUGGGGAAUGUGGUCCUGCUGAACAUGGAUGGCAAGGAGCUUUGGAAUCUCAGAAUGCACAAAAAGAAAGUGACUCAUGUGGCCCUGAACCCAUGCUGUGAUUGGUUCCUGGCCACAGCCUCCGUAGAUCAAACAGUGAAAAUCUGGGACCUGCGCCAGGUUAGAGGGAAAGCCAGCUUCCUCUACUCGCUGCCGCACAGGCAUCCUGUCAACGCAGCUUGUUUCAGUCCGGAUGGAGCCCGGCUUCUGACCACUGACCAGAAGAGUGAGAUCCGGGUUUACUCUGCCUCCCAGUGGGACUGCCCCCUGGGCCUGAUCCCGCACCCUCACCGUCACUUCCAGCAUCUCACGCCCAUCAAGGCAACUUGGCAUCCUCGGUACAACCUCAUUGUCGUGGGCCGAUACCCAGAUCCUAAUUUCAAAAGCUGUACCCCCUAUGAGUUAAGGACGGUUGAUGUGUUUGAUGGAAACUCAGGGAAGAUGAUGUGUCAGCUCUAUGACCCAGAAUCUUCUGGUAUCAUUUCGCUCAAUGAGUUCAAUCCCAUGGGGGACACGCUGGCCUCUGCAAUGGGUUACCACAUUCUUAUUUGGAGCCAAGAUGAAGCUGGGACACGGAAAUGAGGCACACUAAAGAAGGUGUGGGCCAAGCAAGGGGCUUGGAGCCCACCAACGGGUACACGUCCUGGGAAAAGAGGCAGUUGUUUGUUAAAGGGCCAAAGUAUCCAAGUCUUAGGGUUGGAGCAGGGGCACUGUAGAUGGGGCUGGGACUGGGACACUGGCAUGUUACUGCUCUGGUCUUAGCUCCAGAAACUUCUCCAGAGUUGGCGACCCAGCUGCCCCAAGGGUCUCUGCUGUAUCUAGCCUGGAGCCAAGCUUAGCCUGGAACCAAGGUGCUUUUCUCCUCUCUCACGUGUGGUGGCAGAGUGCUCAGGUGGUAUGUUUGACUUAUGCUCACUAUUGACAUGGCCAAUAAAACCAUACCCAACUGA